AUGUGGAAAUGCCAUCUGAAAUAUGGGGAUAAGGUUCGAUAUGGGCCUAACCGAAUUAUGUUCAAUAACGUGGCGGCACUGAAAGAUAUUUAUGCAAUCGGGGCCAAUGUCAAAAAGGCAACAGCAUAUACUUCCUUGGGCCGUCGAUCACCAAAUACGCUUACUUUGCGGGACAAGAAGCAGCAUGCUAGCCGGCGUCGAAUUAUCAGCCAGGGUCUGUCAGACUCAGCAUUACGUACAUAUGAAGAGACAAUUGAUAAGCACAUCGAUAACUUCAUUGAAAGGCUUAGCAAAGGAGAUACAGCAAACAUAGAGAGCACACCCACUGGGACAUGGUCUGUUUCCAAGAAUAUGGCUCGUUGGUGUGAAUACCUCGCGUUCGAUAUUACAGUAGACGUUGUUUUUGGUGACCAAUUUGAAAUGAUUUCAAAGGCAAACAAUCGACCUGUCCUUGAAGCCAUAGCAGUAUCUAGCAAACGUGUGGGAGUGCUGAUGCAGAACCCUGAACUCAAGGGCAGCUUCCUAGACAAAUUGCUAUUUCAAAAAGGUAUAGUGGCUCGUCGGAAACUGCUUGGUUUCGUGGAUCGAAUGUUGAAAAACAAAAAUGAACAACACCGUCCUGCACAGCAAAAUGUACUCACCAUGCUUCUCAAUGGAAAAGACCAGACGACAGGGGAAAUGCUGUCGCCAUCUGUGGUGUUGGCUGAAUCAACAACUUUGAUUGUUGCUGGGACGGACACAACAGCCACAGCACUGUCGGCAUUUUUUUUCUAUGUAAGUCGCUCGCCUACGGCUUACGAAAAAGUCAGUAAAGAAAUUCGCACAACAUUCAACUCCGUGGACGAUAUCAAAAAUCGACAGAAGUUGAACAGUUGCCUCUACCUGCGCGCCUGUAUUGACGAAGCUAUGCGCAUGUCCCCUUCGGUUGGUAGCAGCCUCUGGCGCGAGGUGGAGAACGAGGGCAUGACUGUCGACAAGGAUAUCAUUCCGGGCGGCUAUGACGUUGGAGUUGCCAUCUAUAGCAUCCAUCACAAGGACGACUAUUUCCCGCAACCGUUCAGCUUUAUCCCGGAGCGCUGGACUCCUGACGGCAAGCAGUAUACUCGCGAGUCUGUUGAGCUGGCACGGGCGGCGUUCAAUCCAUUUUCCAUUGGGCCACGUAGCUGUGUUGGUAAGGGUCUCGCAAUGUUCGAAAUGACACGCAUUUUAGCCACCACCCUCCUUCUAUAUGACUUCCGGGUGGUGGGCGGACCGGAAGGGAGGUUGGGUGAAGGCUCGCCAUUGGCAGGUUGGGGCAGAGACCGGCAAAACGAGUUGCAACUCUGUGACCAUGUGACAAGUGCGACCACAGGGCCUCUGCUCCAGUUCAAGCGACGUGACAAUCACGCGUCCGCAUAA